AUGAGUUAAGGGGAAAUAAUAAAUAACAUGGAUAAUGUUUUAAAAUAACUAACAAAUAAUUUCAAUGAAUUAAUAAGUAGGGAAUAGUUAUUAAGAUUUCUUGAUUAGAGAUGUAUAUAAUUAUUUGACAGAAUAAUAUUUGAAUAAUUAUAUUCAAGAAUGCCUAAAGGGAUUAAUGGAUAUGUAUCAGUAAAUGAUUUUAAAUAAAUUGUCCUUCAAGCAUAUUAAACAUUGACAACUAAAAUUGCUCAAUCAUCUACUUUAAUGGAUCAAAAAAGAAAGUAAUAUUUCCUAUGUGAAUUAGUGAAUUGAAUACAAUUUCAACAAAAUUGAAAUAAUUAGCUAAUACUGAGAGAUAUAAUAAUUACAAUAUUAGUUUAUAAAGCACAUUAACAAUAUAAAUAUUAGAUGGAAUAGUGGAAUUUCCAGGAAACUCGAAAGUUUAUAUAAAGAUAGGAUGUGAUGAAAUUAUUUAUCAAACUAAAUAUGCAAAUAGAAAUUCACCUUAAUGGGGUGAUACAUUUACUUUUCCAAUAAAAACAGGUUAAGAAGAGAUUUGGCUUGCUAUUUUAGAUGAAGAAUCAACUUUAAAUAAAAAAAUAGGUGGAUAAGUUUAAUUAUAAUUACAAUAAUAUUAUGAUUAAAAAAUUCAUGAAGAAGAGCUUAAUUUAAUGGAUUAACAUAAUAUUUCAAAGUCAGCUAUUAUAAAAGUUACAGUUUAAUGGAUACAUUCUUAAGUAUUAAAAAUAUUAAUAUUUAGACAAAAUAUUUAGAAUAAGAAAUCUUAGAAACAUAAUAAUAAAUGUAAGAACUUAAAUUUGAUAUUGAUGAAUAUAAUAAUGAUAUCAAAGCAAUUUUUUAACCAUUUCAAUUAGAAAAUGUUGAAAAUAAAUUUUAUUAAUCAGAAUAAAGUUAAAAAUAACAAUAAUAAAUUGUAAAUUAACUUUAUUCAACUUAAUAAAAUUAUUCUGUAGAGCCUCCUAAAUAAAAUACUGAAAUCACUCCAAAUUAAUGGUUAAGAAUAAGUUUAAUACUAACUCUUAUGUUUUUUGUAUCAACUAUUGCAGAAUCGUUUAUAAAAACAUAAUAUUUGGAUGUAUAAAUCAGAUUCAUUAGAUUAGUUUCUAAUUUUAUUUUACAGUUUGUGGUUUUAUAUGAACAAUUUUGAAUUGUAAUCUCUAUUACAUAUAAAAAUAAUGACAUUUAUGUACAUAAUGUCUAUUAUUUAUGAUGGUUUUUGGUUAUUUAUUUAUUUUAAACCUUAUUUAAAAAAUGAAGUAAAAUUUGAUCAUUAAGAGGAUACAUUUCAUUAAUAUACUGUAGUACUUUGUAUUUUGAUUCUUAUAGAAAAAGUAAAAAUGUAAUAAUAUUUAAAUUAUAGCUAUUUAUUAUACUCUCUUAUUUUAAUCUAUAUUUAAAAUGUCCUAAUGCAAGAUAAAAUAUAUUUGAUGAAUAAUAUGAAAUUUGUUUUGGAUCAUAUUAUUAAAAGAAAUUAAUAGAAAGUUAAAAAUAAACACAAUACUCUAGCAAAGUAAUUAGAUAAGGUACUCCAAAUAUGAAAUAUGUUUAUCCUAUGUAAUCAUAAUCACAAAGAUAAAGAUAUUCUUUAAGAUAUGUUCAAUGA